AGUGACUACACCGUGGGAUGGGUAUGCGCCCUUACAUGCGAGUAUGUCGCCGCUCAAGAGUUUCUCGACGAGGAGCAUGAUCCUCCAGAGUCGCUGCAGCCUAAUGACAGCAACGACUACACGCUCGGGCGGAUUGGGCGACACAACGUCGUGAUAGCCGUCCUCCCAGAUGGCGAAUACGGAACAGCUACGGCGGCCAGUGUAGCCACGAGCAUGCUAAACAGUUUCCCCAAUGUCAGGAUUGGUUUGAUGGUUGGUAUCGGCGGCGGCGCUCCCAGUCCCACGAACGAUGUCCGUCUUGGGGAUAUCGUCGUCAGCGCACCCCGAGAGGCGAAUGGUGUCACGUAUGGCGGCGUAUUUGAAUACGACUUUGGAAAGACCAUACAAGACCAGGCCUUUCAGGAAACACGAUUCUUGAAUCAGCCUCCCACUACCCUACGAGCCGCUGUUCGGGGUCUCCAGGCCCAGUACGCGAGGAAGGGUCAUCAGCUCGGACAAGCUGUUAACAACGUCAUCAGCAAGAAUCUUAUGCUACAAGACGAAUACUCGCGGCCAAAUUCGAGCACAGAUGUUCUGUUCCGAUCCGACUUUACGCACGGCUCGAGAGAGUGUGCAGAGUCGUGUGCCAAGGAUCCAUCUAAUACGGUCACACGACGCCUAAGGACUGUCUAUCACGAUAAACCGGCCAUCCAUUACGGCAUCAUCGCGUCAGCCAACCAGCUAAUGAAGGAUGCUAUCACUCGGGACAGGCUGGCAAAGGAGAGGAAUGUCUUGUGUUUUGAGAUGGAGGCUGCAGGCCUGAUGAACGACUUUCCAUGUCUCGUCAUCCGAGGCAUUUGCGACUACUCGGAUUCGCACAAGAACAAACAAUGGCAAGGUUAUGCUGCCAUGGCCGCGGCUGCAUACGCCAAGGAUCUUCUCAACCGCAUCGUUCCAAGCAGAAUCGAGAACGAGCAGAGAAUGAGCGAGCUGUUCUCAACUGGCAAAACACUGUUUUGCCCGGGAAUUCCUGGAGCGGGCAAGACAAUCGUGGCAUCCGUUGUCAUCAACCAUCUCAUGGAGAAGUUGCGAGAAGACUUAGCCAGUGGCCUUGCGUAUAUAUACUGCGACUUCAGGAGAAGGAACGAGCAAACAGUCGAGCAUUUUGCUUCGAGUUUGCUGAAACAACUGGCAGAGAAACAAUCCACACUGCCAGAUGCUGUGCGACAACUCUAUGAACGCCACAAAACGUCAAGAACAGAACCCUCCCUGAGAGAGCUAGUUGAAUCUCUUCGCUCCGUCACGCAACUAUUCGAUCAUGUCUUCGUCGUCGUUGACGCUCUCGACGAAUGCCAAGAAUCCAACCACUGCCUACCGAGGUUCCUCUCGGAGCUCUUUGACCUUCAGAAGCAACUUGGAGUGAACCUUUUUGCAACAGCCAGACCUCUCGGGCACAUCAAUUCGAGUUUUGAAAAGGCCAUAUCAAUCGAAAUCCGCGCUCAUAGCGAGGAUGUGAGAAAGUAUGUCAGUGGCAGGCUGGGAGAAUUGCCCAUGAUUGUUCAGAGGAAUUCAAAACUUCAAGAAGCCAUCAUGGAUAACAUUUCUCGGGUCGUGGAUGGGAUGUUUCUCCUCGCGAAAUUGCAUUUCGAGUCUCUGAUAGGAAAGAUGACGGGCAAAGCCAUCCGAAAAGCGUUAGAAUCCCUACCAACCGGUUCCAGCGCUUAUGACAGCGCAUACGAGGAGGCCAUGAAUCGCAUCGAGGAUCAGAAUAGAGACAAGAGAGAUAUGGCCAAAAAGACUCUGCUCUGGAUCACUUGCGCCAAGGAACGUCUCACGAAACGAGAGCUCCAAGAAGCGCUAGCGGUGGAAAUCGGCGAAACGAAGCUUGAUCAAGACAACCUACCAAACAUGGAAGAUGUGGCGUCUGUUUGCGCCGGACUCGUUACCAUUGAUGAGGAGAGCAACGUUGUGCGGCUAGUUCACUAUACGACACAGGACUUUUUCGACAGAACGCGCGACAAAUGGUUCGAAGGCGCGGAAUCUUAUAUCGCCGAGGUUUGCCUCACUUAUCUUCUAUUCGAACGGUUCCAUGGGGAGAUGAGGGAUGCUUUUAACUCUAAUUCGGUGCAACAUAUCCGUUCUAUGGCAGCUAAAAUGGGAGGAGAACAGGAUCUUUUCAGAGAGGAAGUGGACCCCUUAUAUCUCUGGACUAUCUGGAAGCAUCGUCACCUCCCUUUCCACCAUUAUGCUGCGGGAAACUGGGCCAUCCACGUGAUUAAUGCUUCAAUGCAAACGCACCAUCAAGUGAUUGCAUUGUUGGAAAGCCGCCGCCCUUUGCAAAUGUCGGUAACGCAUGCAAGGCAGAUACCGGGCUCACCUUCAAAUAUGACUGGACUUUACCUUGCUGCGCACCUUGGACUAGACCAAACAGUGGGGGCCUUAUUGCAAAGAGGGCAUAACCCAAACAUGGCAUCGGAUAGGACGGCCCUCUGGUGGGCUGCAUUCAAUGGCUACGGUGAGAUUGUGAAGCUACUAAUAGACAAGGGUGCGAAUCCAGACCACCGAGAUCUCCUCGGAAGAACAGCCCUCGGGGUAGCCUGUGAACAUGGCCACACAUCUGUGGUGAAAGCACUGCUUCCUGUUGCCCGGGUCGACCUUGAAUCUCUAGUUUCGACCACGUUCACCAUGCCGCUAUUCAUCGCUAUCAGGGGAGGCAAAGUUAGACUGAUUGAGGCUCUACUGAAAAGAGGCGACAUU